AUGAAUGCUAACAACAGUUUACAAAAGGAAAUGGAUGUCACAGGGAAGCUAAGUGCCCAACCGUAUCGCUACAUCCUAAACGAGCCUCUGAAAUGCAAAGAUAGCGCUCCGUUCCUCGUCUUGCUGAUCGCAGCAGAACCAGGACAGAGGGAUGCCCGCGACGCUAUUCGCCAGACGUGGGGGAACGAGAGCUCUGCAGCGGGGUUAGGCUUUGUGCGGUUGUUCUUGCUAGGGAAGGGUAGAAGCUCUUUGCAAAGCAGCCUCGAGGAGGAGUCUCGAACCCACCGCGACAUCAUACAGCAAGACUACCAAGACACGUACUACAACCUCACCAUCAAGACCCUGAUGGGAAUGAACUGGGUGGCCACGCACUGCCCUCAUGUCAAUUACGUCAUGAAGACAGACAGUGACAUGUUCGUGAACACGGAAUAUCUGAUUCAGAAGCUGCUAAAACCGGAAUUACCUCCGAGGCAAAAGUAUUUCACAGGUUAUUUGAUGCGUGGAUAUGCACCGAACCGAAACAAAGACAGCAAAUGGUACAUGCCGCCGGAGCUUUACCCAAGCGAGCGCUAUCCCAUCUUCUGCUCAGGAACCGGGUACGUGUUUUCCGGCGAUCUGGCGGAGCUUAUCUACCAGGCGUCUCUGAGCAUUCGUAGGCUGCACCUGGAGGACGUGUACGUGGGGAUCUGUCUCGCCAAGUUGCGCAUCGAUCCGCAACCGCCUCCCAACGAGUUUCUCUUCAACCACUGGAGGGUGUCGUACUCAAGCUGCAAGUAUAGCCACCUCAUCACGUCGCACCAGUUCCAGCCGGGGGAACUCCUGAAGUACUGGCAUCACCUUCAGACCAACAAGCACAACGCCUGCAUCAACGCGGUGAAAGAGAAGAACGGGAGGUACAGGCACAGGAGGUACCACGGAGAGCGGCCACCUUGA